GGGGGGAAAGUGCUGCGUUGGCGUAUUCCACUGAGUGGGCGAAGCAGCAGCAGCAGCAGCAACCGUGGCCAUGGCGCUACUCCUGGGGGCGCUGCUGGUGUCUCUCGGGGUGUCCGUUACUGCCAAUCCCCUUUUGGAAGCUCAGCUGUCCCCACGCGAUGUGGCUCGGGCUGCGGUCGAGGCCCACAACCAGGAAACGGGAACGCAGGCAGUGUUCCGACUGCUGAAGCUGAAAAGCUUCCACAAAACACAAUUUGACUGGGGCAGGCACUUCAGCAUGAACUUCACCAUCAAGGAGACGAACUGCCGGAAAAGCAUGGCGAGCUACCGCCUGGAGGACUGCCGAUAUCGGCCGAAUGGGGUUACAAAGGAUUGUUCGGCCGAUGUGUCAGUACUUUACUUCCUACAAGAGGCCCCUUUGACAUCUGUGAAAUGCACCCAGCAGCAGGGGGUGAAAAAACCCAGCAAGAAACCAAAACCCCAGGCCAUGACCUUCCCCAAAGUGACUGUCGAGUACUUCCCAGCAUCUUUCUCCACCGCGGCCCUGACGGUGCCAGAAGACUAAAGCACAGUCCACUUCCAAGUCUGCUGCCUUCACAGGGCCUGUGUGUUUUCCCGCCACGCCGCCUCAUCUGAGAGCUUGGGGGUUCAUGUUAUUCCUGGCUAGGUUUUUUUGCUUUGCAUUGGCAGGUCUGGAAAGUCUCUUGUGCAAGGGGGGAAUCUUUUCACGUUCAUGUUGCGGCUGAGAAGAGAAUAAGGAAUGAAGAGCAUAGUGGUGGUGCCCUUUGCUUGCAGACCUCAGACCCAUCCUAUCCACCCCUCCGCUCCGGCUCCCUGCCAGCUUCCCUUCCAGAGACAGCUGUUCCCUGGGGGUGCCCUUUGCUCGGUAGUUGUCCAAGGUGUAGGCAUUUUGGUGCCGUUGUUUUCAGGUACCACAUCUGAGCGCCUUUACCAGGGCCUGAUUUUUCUGCACCUGCCCUGUGAAAGCCGGGCCUGUGUUAAAGAAGUCACCAGGUAAGGGCCAUGGUGAUCGUUACCACCCCCCCACCCAUCAGUGCAAAGGGGGCAACUUCCCUGUGCCCCAGCAAUUCAAAAGGACCCAGGGCUCCUGGCCGCUGCCCCCUACUGUGGCAGCAGUGGCAGGUGGAACCCCAGGUCUUUUAAAUCACAGCUGGAGCUGCGCAUUCUGAACAGCUUUGAGGGCUG